AUGUACUGGUUCGGCGUCACAUUGCUGGCCGCCCUGGCCCAAUGUACAGCAGCUUUACGACCUCGACCUGAUAGGGGUCAGCAUGUCAUUCGGGAUAAGAAUGAGAGCUCCAUGGGGGCUUCGAAAGCCCGCUGGCCGAGUGGGCUGCACCUGGCCGUUGACUACUACCCAUCACAGUGGCCUGAGUCUAUGUGGGAGCCAGACAUUGCAGCUAUGAAAGAUCUCAACAUCUCGUACGUCCGCAUCAACGAGUUCGACUGGGCAAUACUGGAGCCAGAGCAGGGUGUUUACGACUUCUCUGUCCUGGAUAAAACCAUUCAGCUCCUCGGCCAAUAUGGCCUGAAGGCUAUAUUGGGAACACCAACAGCCUCGCCCCCCAACUGGCUCGUGAAUCAAUAUCCAAGUACCAUGUUUGUCGAUGUCACCAACGCCACUUAUACUUUCGGUUCUCGACGAUACUACAGCUUCUCAUCCUUCGCCUACCGUGAGCUGAGCAGGAACAUUACGCAGGCUCUUGCCCAACGCUACGGGCACGACCCGACCGUUGUUGCUUGGCAGUUGGACAACGAAUUUGGCUGUCACAGCACGGUGCGGACAUAUGAUGCAGACGCUGUCAAGCGUUUCAGAACAUGGUUGCAGAACAAGUAUGGAAAUGUCGAAGCGAUGAACGAAGCUCAAGGCAGAGUCUUCUGGUCGAAUCAAUAUCAGUCUUUCGACGACGUCUUACUCCCUUACCUCAAGGUCUACACAACAAACAAUCUCGAAACACUGGAUUUCUUCACAUUUUCAUCAGAUAUGGUUGCCGAGUUUGCUAAAGAGCAAGCGCAAAUACUUCGGCAAUUUGCUCCAGACCAAGCUAUCACUACCAACUUCAUGAUGCAAUUCACUGAAUUUGACCAUUACAAAUUCGCCCGAGAGGUUGGAAUCGACUUUGCUACAUUCGAUGAAUAUCCUCUGUCCGGGCCCAGCCAAUAUUCAUGGCUGUCCGACCAAGACCUUGCUGACACACUCCGCACGGGUCUUCCAGACUACCAAGCCUUUCACCAUGCCUUGUACAGGGGCAUCGCAGGCGCCGCGUACGGCGAUGUUGAAGGCCCAUUUGGAGUUAUGGAAAUGGAACCAGGUGUGCUCAACUGGAAUCAAUUCCGCGUGUCACCCUGGGAGGGAAUGGUUCGUCUCUGGACUCUCGAGACAUACGCCGCGAAAGGCGAUAUUGUUAACUACUUUCGCUGGCGCCAAGUGCCGUAUGCACAGGAACAAACCCUCUCCGGUCUUCACAUUUCAGAUGGAAGCCAGGAUGAGGGCUACUUCGAGGUGCAAGAUGUUGCGGUAAAUGACCUACCGACUCUACGCGCAGAAUUGGGGACAAACAGCACCCAUGAGCCACAGGGCGACGUGGCCGUGGUCUUCGAUUACGCGUCUGUAUGGACCUGGGCUAUUGAGCCAUACAGUGGAAGUUGGGAUGUCAAGUCUUCAUCCUACACAGACGCGGCACUGAAUUACGCGGAUCUAUCAUAUGGAUUCUACUCGGCUCUGCGGCGGCUUGGCUUGUCGAUUGAUGUGAUUGGUCCAGAACAGAGUCUUGAAGGUUACAAGAUGGUGGUCGUGCCCAGCAUGCCCAUCAUCCCAGACGCUUUCAAUGCUCUUCUUACGGCUUAUACCGGACCAGUAGUCUUUGGUCCACGCUCAGCCGCUCUCACCGCCAAUUUCUCCUAUGCCCCGGGUAUUCAGCCGUCCCAGGGCGCUCUGCGUGACCGUCUACCUAUGCGGGUGACGCGUAUUGAGACGCCGCCCGAAUACGCCAACAGCGGUGUUUCGUAUGGUGGGACCAACUACAGCAUCUCCUAUUGGGAAGAAUGGGUCUCCUGCGAACGUGAGAACAAAACGAGUAAUGUGGCCGUUACUUCGAUAUCAAAACAUCGUGCGGGCAAGCCCAUGGCCUGUGCAUCCGACGGCUCAUGGCAUUAUCUAGGCUUCAAUCCGCCAGUGGACUUUUUAGUGGCGUAUCUUGGAGAUGUAGCUGCAAAUGCCAGUAUCAAUGAUCUGACUGGGAAGGCUGCGAGCAAGGAAAAUGACCUUGGUAGCUCGUUGAGGUUGUUGAGAAGAGGUCAGCUGCUGUGGGCUUUCAACUAUGGCACCGACACUGUGGCUGCCCCCACCGUGGGAGAGGAUGCUAAGUUGGUGAUUGGACAAGCCGGAGAAAUUCCUGCCGCCGGUGUGUCGGUUUGGAAGGUUGGGUCUUAG